AUGAGAAGAGGAGGAUCUAUAGUUUUUCCAAUUAUCGAUAUUUCAAUUCUUGUCGGAGAUGCUCCCAUGGCCCCUUCACUCCAGUGUUCUGUACAGGAAGAAGGAAAGGUCAAACUGUCGUCACUAGUAGAUACUUUCCUGCUACCCUUUCUACUGGGUAAAUCACUCAAAGUGUCGUUUUUCAACCCGUUUAGAAGAGCUCAGGUGGAGCGGGACCAAGGGAAGAUCGUUGUGCAGGUGAAAUGGGGUCGAGAGAGAUUCAAUAUCCCAAUCCCUUCACCUUCCCUCACUCCGCUUUCCACCUUGCUUGCCACGCUAUCAGCCCAAACUUCAUUACCGCUUGAUCAACUGAAACUCAUAUACAAAGGAGCUGUAUUGAAAGACUCUUCACUUACAAUCUCUUCAUACGGUAUUGAUGAUGGAUCAACACUUGUCCUAGUAGGCAAAGGCGGUGACAUACCUUCUGCUCCUCCUGGUUCAUCAAGUACUCCUUCAAACACAUCAACCGCUGGUGCGGGAGCGGGUGUCAUCAAAAAGAAAAACAAACAACCUGAGACUGAUAAUGAAUCAGUUCUAGUCGAGUGGAUAUCAUCUUUAGUCAAUUCGAUAAUCAAUCCUUUGAUACCAAGUAUUGCAACUUUCAUCUCACAGACUUCACCUAAAUCAACUAAUAGACCUGCACAUAUUCCAUCUUUCGACAUACUACAAAAAGAACAUGCUAGAUUAAGUGAAUUGCUCUUGAAAGGGUUGUUAGAUUUAGAUGGGAUCCAUAUACAAUCAGGUUGGAAUGACGCUAGAUUGAAAAGAAAAGAAGGUGUAAAAUUGAUUCAAGGUGAAUUGAACAAAGUCGAUGAAGCUUGGGGGGAGAGAAAGAAGUUGGGUGGUUAG